UCUCUAUUAGCCUCUGGACGUGUCCGCUGCCUUGGAUUCUUGCUAUGUUUUAGCAAAGCAGUCAUCGGGGGCUUAUCUGGCUGAGCGAGGCGGUGUGCUUGGAAAAUGGCGCUGGCUGAAUGGAAAUCCUAAUGACAUUCUCCAAAUUUGCCUCUUUAUGUACCAUGGGCGCCAAUGCCUCUGCGUUGGAGAAAGAGAUUGGAUCUGAGCAGUUUCCGGUCAACGAGCACUACUUCGGCCUGGUCAACUUCGGGAACACCUGCUACUGCAACUCGGUGCUGCAGGCGCUUUACUUCUGCCGGCCUUUCCGGGAGAAGAUCCUGGCGUAUCGUGGGCAGCCUCGGCGCAAGGAGAACCUGCUCACCUGCCUGGCCGACCUCUUUCACAGCAUCGCCAACCAGAAGAGGAAAGUCGGCGUCAUACCGCCAAAGAAGUUUAUUACACGCCUACGCAAAGAGAACGAACUGUUCGACAACUACAUGCAACAGGACGCCCACGAGUUCCUGAACUACCUUCUCAACACCAUUGCCGACCUGCUCCAGGAGGAGCGCAAGCAGGAGAAGACCAACGGCCGCCUGGCCAAUGGCACCCUGGACUCUCAGAACAAUAACAGCAAUGCUGCGCCGGCGCCCACUUGGGUUCACGAGAUUUUUCAGGGCACCCUCACCAACGAGACUCGCUGCCUCACUUGCGAAACGAUAAGCAGCAAAGACGAGGACUUUUUGGACCUUUCUGUUGAUGUAGAACAGAACACCUCCAUUACGCACUGCCUCAGAGGUUUCAGCAACACGGAGACACUGUGUAGCGAGUACAAAUAUUACUGUGAAGAAUGUAGGAGCAAACAGGAAGCGCACAAAAGGAUGCGCGUAAAGAAACUACCAAUGAUCCUAGCCUUGCACCUGAAGCGCUUCAAGUACAUGGAGCAGCUGCAGCGUUAUACCAAGUUGUCGUAUCGCGUCGUCUUCCCGCUGGAGCUCCGCCUUUUCAACACGUCCGGGGACGCGACCAAUCCUGAAAGGCUCUACGACCUUGUUGCGGUCGUAGUGCAUUGUGGGAGUGGUCCGAACAGAGGCCACUACAUCGCCAUCGUCAAAAGUCACGACUUCUGGUUGCUGUUCGACGACGACAUCGUAGAGAAAAUCGACGCGCAGGCCAUCGAGGAAUUCUACGGCCUUACUUCGGAAAUCUCCAAGAACUCCGAAUCGGGCUACAUCCUCUUCUACCAGUCCAGGGACUAAACGCCGAGGAUGAACGGACAUUGUACGCUCUGCUGUUGUGGCAGUCGCGGAAACUUUUAAAGGCGUAGCGUGCCUGUUUGUACAGAUGUUUCAUUUUUGAGUGCCGUUGUACUUUGAGGAAUGAAUGAGUCUUCAAUCAUUCAUAACAUUUCCUCGCACUUGAGUUGGGGAAUCAUCAUAUACUAUGGAGAUACUUACAAUGGGCGACAUGGAUUGUGUAUUUCUACAGUGUACAGAAUGGUAUUUGUAUAAAUAUUACAAAAAAACGAUAUUGGAAAAUGUCAGAGAUGUAUUAAUAACACUAUGGUGCACUUUUGAUACCGUUUUGUAGGUGUUGGUGAGUUUAAUGUAAGAGCGCGAUGGAGGAGGAGGCCUGAAUCGUGAUCAUUUUCUGUUUUAAAGAAAAAGAAAUAAAGCCAGUAUUGAGGCGAUGUACUCUCUCCUUCUUU